AUGCUUUCAUUUACUGCAGGAAUUGUAGGAGGUGUUUAUAUUGCCCAACGAUACGACAUGGAAAAAGUCAUCAGUGAAUUCAAGCCCACCAUUUGUCAAGAAGAAUUGCAAGGCGAUUUAUGGGAUCGUGUGAAAAAGUAUGAAGAAAAAUGUCGAAGACAUGAACCUUCUACACAAGAGAGCACUUCAUCUUCAAUGAAUAUAACCAACGACCUUUCAAAUUCUCAAUCUCCUCCUAACGACCCUCAACAAGAAAUCAAAAACUGCAGCAGCAAGAACUGA